AUGCAGGCGAAGGCCGGGAAGCAGAAACCCGCAACUGUCGCUCUCUCCGUCACGGCGUCCGCCGCGGCCCUCUUCGCGGCCUCCGCGCAGCGGCUGACGAAGGCGCACGGGCUUCUCUUCCUCGCCCUUCGCCGCGCGGAGGCGGGGGUGGAGCGCAGGGCGCUGGCCGACCUCCUCCCCCCGAGCAGCGUGGAGACGUUGCUGCGGCACGGCACGCUGGGGACGCUGAAGAGCAUCGCGACGCUGCGGCGUGCGGGGCAGGAGUGGGCCCACCGCCGGAGGCGCCCGUGCGCCGCCCCGCAGCCCUCGCUCCCCGCCGUGCUCUUCACGCUCUUGGCCGACAUGGGCGUCAGCAGCGCCGCCGAGUCGUUUUCCGUGCUCGGCGGUUUACUCCCCGCCGCGCAGCUGUGCGAGGGGGAAGGGAGGCCGCCGGGCAGCGCCACGCCACGCCCGCUGCACCCGCUCACCACGAUAUGCAUCAACGCGAUCGAGGCCAUCGCGGAGGUCACGGAAGAGCUCCCGCCCGCGGCUGCGGCGGCUGCGGCGAGGGAGAUGCUUCGUCGUCAGCGUGCGACGAAACGGGCCCCCACCGCGCAGGAUGAGGAUGAGGAGGAAGAGGAAGAGGGGGUGCAGAGGGGGACGGGCGGCGCCGCACCGCACCCCGCUCGCUUCUUCCUCCUGUCGCCGUACGCCCCUUACGCCGCGCUGUACGGGGCCGCAAACCAAGCAGGCGACUGCGACAGCUCGUGCGUCGGCGGUGAGGCGUGCGAGGUGCUUCUGGCGUACGCCUGCCCAAAGACGGCCGGUGGCCCGGCGGCUGCCAGCGACAGCCCCGAGGUUUGGGGGCGCCUGCGGUACCAGAAGUCCAACGACGCGGAGGCCGCGGCCCCGGGCACGCGCGGGGGCCACCACGAGGAGCUCUUCUUCAUCGCCGCCACGCUGGGGGACUACCUGCGCCUCGGCUCUGCCUUCGCCUGGGUGUACGGCUGGCAGCUCUGCUACGCGCCGCAGGGCCCCCCGCCGCGCUCUCUGCCGUGGCUGAAGCUCUUCUCCCCCGCCGCCCUUGCGGCGGCCAUUUCCGCCGCCCUCUGA